AUGUCAGACCUCGAUUACUAUUCUUUUGCCGAAGUCAAGAUUAUGCAUUCAGCCUUCACCACCUCUCCGCUGGAUCGUAGGAGCAUGGACAUACCGGCAACUCAUCUCCGAGAGAUUGAGAGACAGUGCACAGAUCCCAAAACGAAUGUGCGUCCGGAUCUCCGCAACGAGCUUUUCACUCGUCUCGUCGAAAAGUCCUCCGAUGGUAAGGCGCGAUGGGCCGCCCAGUACAUGUUGGUGUACCACCCCGAGGAAGAGCUACAUAAGAGCGGCGAGGAUGGCCCAACAGACUCGGCCCUUACAUCAUCUACAAUCGCCUCAGCAUCAUUGACUCCCCGCAAGUGUCCCGACACCAAAACGGACCCUCAAGUCGGAUCGUCGAAGCGUGCCUCGAAGCAAGUUCAACCCCGGAACUAG